GUUAAACGACUGCUUGUCUGUCCGUGCCUGUUAGUCCACAAAGAUGAGCAAGGCUGUGGUUUUCCUCUUCGUCAUAGGUCGUAUGAUCUCCGUAGUGACAGCCUGGUGGUCGACGGACUCACCUCUUCGGUUUCCAGACGACUGUAACAGCGAAGCCUUGCGGACCUUUGCGACCAACUGCGGGCUCUCGGAGCACUCCAUGGGGAACCACUACAUCCUGAGGGAUCCAAAGAGCAAUGACAUCAACAACAUCGUCAUAGUGAUACCAGAUGACUUGCGAGAUUUCGGCACGUGCGAGAAGAUCGUUCGAGAUCUCAAUGAGAGAUGCAAUAAGGAUACUUUCGACUACUAACGCUAUGUUAACAUCAAUCUUGGCUUUUCACGUUUCUUCGUCGUUAUACUCUUCGAUCAGAUUUUUAAUAAGAACUGUAUUUUAGUGGUAUAAAUUAUUACAUUCGUACAAUUGUUUAUCAAAUACGAUACAAUACUUUAGUGUGUUCUAAAGACAAACUAUUUUAACAAACAAUCUGGUCUUAAUGCAUGUAGUGAAAGUGUCAUCCUUGUUCUGCGUGUGUAAUUACUGUCUAAUCAUGGACGACUCUUUCCGCAUUUAGGGAAUAGUUCGUA